UCCUGCAAUAAAAAGGUUAAAAAAAAAAUUUUAAUGGCAUCUUUAGUGCAGGACCGCCUGCCGCUGAAUCGAAUGCCUUUAGAUAAGUGGACAACGAGGGAGCAGCUUUGUUUGGCAGCUGCGGUUUCUUGCAGUGGUGAUCAGAAUUGGAUGUCGGUAAGUCGCAAUCUGAAAGCCGUGUGUGCAAAUGAAACCAACUCUCGCCCUGACGACUGGUUCUCACAUAAAAAUUGUGCGCUUCAAUAUGGCGAUUUGUUGGAAAAUGUCGAAACGCCUAAGCGCAAAAAGCGGACAAGCGAGAGUGGGAGUGGAGUUUCUUCGCCAACUACUGUGGCGACUCCAACUGACACCAUAUUGCGACGUCUAAAUGAAGAACGCAUUCAAGAGUUAAAAGCGGAGAUACGCAAGGAGCAGGAAGAAUUCGCACAAAUUUACAGGGAACUUAAAUCUUUGCAAUCGGGAAACCUCAACGAGGACCAGUUACUUAAGAUGUGGAUCAGCAUUGAAAAACAACAAGAAGAAAAACGAAUUGAAGAAAUGAAAUUAGAGAAUAUAAUGCGUGAGAGAGAACAACAACGGUUAGAGAUGCAACGCAAUUGGCGCACUUUAACUCCAGCUCCAACGCCUAUAGAAACACCAACUCAGACCAGCAACACUGAUACGUCAUAUGUGGAUAUGGAUGUGGAAGAGGUAUUCGGUGAGCCGAACCCUCAACAUGGAGCUAUAGUAGACUCUAAUCAACAGCCGCCAAAAAUGUCGGCCAACCAACCAGCUACAUCACCUUUACUAUCUUCUCUGUUAAAGACACCUUCAACUACCAAUAUCGCAGCGGCCUUAUUAGCCCCUAAUAAUCCUACCGGUACAUCGAACAACUCUGCAAGAUCAUCUGCGCCAACAAUAACUACUCUAUUAACAUCUGGCUCUAUUCCAAAUAAAAACCAACCCGCUAUUACAUUAAAAGCAAAUAUACCUCCGCAGAAAGCUGCACAGAUACUAUCAAGUCCGAUUAGCGGACCACCGGCAAUAACUUGUUUGCCUGCUGCAAAUAGUGCAGCACAAAAUUUAUUAAGCCCUUCACAGGCUGCUCCGACUCUGUCCAUGUUACUAGAAAAAAAUAAAGUAUCGUCAAAUGCAAUGGCAAAUAUUGAAGAUCGUAAUGAUGCAUUUACAAAAAAAGCUGUCGAUGCUACAAUGCAGUCCCAAUUAGAGGAAAUCCCAAAAGAAGCAUUCAAUGACAACAAGGGUGAAAUUCCCAUGGAUCUUGACGAAGAUAUUGUUACACAUAUUUCUGAAACUAAUGUAAAUAUAAUGAGCAUAAAUGACUCUGAUGAACCUGACCCUAACGAAGAACAACAAUUACUGGAGGUUUUUAAGAACAUUGGAAACAUUGAUGAAUUAGAUAUAGACGUAGCGGCUGUUAUAGAUGAUGAAGAGGUGGAUUUUCUCAAAGAUAUGGGUGCUGAUUCACCAAAUGAGAACACGAACGUUGAUUUUGAUCGUAAAGAUGAGUCCGAUAUUGUACCAACGAAAGAAGAAAAUGUUAAAGAAAAUAAUGGAAAGGAAGUUGUUAUUAACCUUGAAGAGACUGAUAAACGUUCCCCUGAUUUAGCUAUAAAACAAACGGAGGAGCCAAAUACGACUGCAACCAGUGGAGAUAAUAAACUCCGAAAAAUAGACAUAACUUCUAGCGACGACUCAAAUGACAAUAUACCAUUAGCAGCCGUUGCUUCUCUUGAGCAAAAGACAGCACAUGACAAGGUUAUUUCAAAGGAAGCACAGAUAUCAACGCUAGAAAACGUUGAUUUCGAAAAAAGCAAAACUCAAGAAGAGCAGACGCCCAACACACUCUUAAAUUCAUUCGAAGAAGAUAAAGAACAUGACAAGUUAGAGAAGCAACUAGCUGACUUAGUGGGGGAAAACGAUAUAGAUGAAACGAAAAACUUAGACGAAGUAGGAAAUUCACCAGGAAGUGAAAAUUCAGAUGUAAUAUUAUUCCCGAGGAUGACUCUAGUGGAUAUAAAGCAGGGCAUAUAGAAGGAGAAGUUAACAGUCGAUGCAGAAGCAGCGAAAAUCAAACGAGAUUUGGAGUCGGAUGUGGGCACUGCAGAAGUCUGUAAGGACGCCCGUGGACAUGACGUGGAAAGUCAGGAGUGGAUGAUGCUAUUUAACAGCACAAACCAAGAUGCGAUUGUAAAAAUGACACCUACUAUUUCAAUCGCCGAUACGGAUGAAGACUCGUCGACCACAGAUAUUAGUAUCGUCACAAGAAAGGAGGACAAAUCAGGAAAUAAUAGUUCAAUCAAACAUAGCACCACAAGCGCGUAAAGCUUACAUGAAACGAUUCGGCAAGACCAACAAAGUAAAACUGACGAUGUCUCCACACAACUCUCUUCAUCUUCGUCAUCAUCUGUUAAUCUGGCGCGUCCACCGCUUUUACGAAAACUACGUGAUCGAGAUCGCUCUGAAAGUCCUAUGAUAGACGGUGAUCCACACACACCACACACUGUCAUAGACAAUUUAAACAGCCAACGGUUACGACGACGUUAUUCCUCGACACCCAUCAGCGAGAGCAUUCCCAAUUCACCUGUCUCAAGCGAUCGUGAACGGGAUGAAUUAGAAACUCGCGUUUCUAAAAAAUCACUCCUAGGUAUUUUUCACGCGCUUCAGUACAGCAAAAAUGCCAGUACCCUGCAGCGGGCAUUUCACGAAGAUUUUAAAUUUGAUGAUAUCUGUCUGCGACCAAUGGAUAUGCUUUCGAUUAGAAAACAUAUUGAAACUGGGAACAUAAGCAAUGUGAGUGAAUUGCAGCGCGACAUUAUGUUAAUGUGUCAGAAUGGAUUGAUGUUAUUUAAGCGCAACACUACGGGCUACAACGCUGCCAAUGCGUUCAUGCAAGAAUGUCAAGCUAUUAGAGAAUUUGUUGGAAUUGCAUGUAGCACUGAACAUGGUGUGCAAGUUAAGGAAAACAAGGAAGUCACCAAAUCACAAAACAUAACCGGAACAAGUACGAAAUCUCGAAGUAGCUCGAGAAAGAGCCAACGCAUCUCAUAAGAUUGAUUUGAAAAUUUAUUUAAAAAAAAUAAUACCACUACAAUAAUACAUACUACUUUUUUCUAAUAAAAG